AAAGAGUCGUCUCCAUGGCAAUGUUGUCAUAGCACUAAACGAUCUGUGUUUGGGUUCAGUGCACAUGCUGAGUUACGACUGUUCAUAAUAACAGAACCUCACAGAGAGUCACUCACAGCAGGAGCAGGAUAUGAGGGUAAUGUCAAGUGGUGAAGCUUGGGUUGGUACCUGGAGACCACACAAAGCCAGAGGGCCCAUAGCUGCACUCUAUGGUAGUCCAGGUCCCAAGUAUGCACUCCCUGGACUCACAGGUGCUUUGAACCAUGACCCCACAAAGAAAGCAGCACCGCGGUUCAGCUUUGGCGCACGUCAUGAACGCAAGAUCGAGAUCUCCCCUGGACCAUGCUACCUCAUCCCCUCCAACAUCACAAGAUUAGGCAGAGAUGGCCCUGCUGCUUUUUCACUCUACAGCCGUCAAAAGGAUCCAAAAUUACCCCAAGCCCCUGGACCAGGCAAAUACUCCCCAGAACAUGCAGGAAAGUCAGUCUUCCACUCUGCUCCUGCCUAUUCUCUGUCAGGAAGGAGCAAAGAAGUCAUCAAUAUCCAAACGCCAGGUCCAGCCUCCUACACUCUGCCCCCAGUGCUGGGACACAACACUGUGGACAAAUCUGCAGCUCCCUCUUUCUCUCUUUAUGGCCGCAGCAAAAAUAACAACUUCCAUGACGACCUGCAGAAGACUCCUGGCCCUGCUGCCUACAAUGUUGUGGACCCUAGUAUUUACAGGGAAAAACAUCCCCAGUUUAGCAUGAAAGGCCGCAACUUUCCACCUGGGGCAUCCACAAAGACUCCAGGACCUGGCUCACACUAUCCUGAGAAGGUGACAUUCACAAGAGCAAAGGCUCCGAGCUUCUCUUUUGGAAUGCGUCAUUCGGAUUACAUCACACCCCUCAUCGUGGAUAAGCCUGAAGAAUAGCUUGGUGUUUGAACUGGAAUUCAUCAUGAAUAAAGCAAAAAUCAGAUUUGAUCAGAUUUUUGAUUUGCGUCAGUUAGCGUCCCGUUGACUUAGCACUUGCUAUUUUGUCAGGGUUAAUUUCACAAUCAGUAUUUUAAAUAAAUAUACUGAAUUUGAUAAAGGUUUCAAGACUGUAUACAUUUGACAUUUUUAAUAUGAUAUAUUUGUAAUGAAGAUAUAAAGGCAUUUGUUUCGCUUUGAAAAUAAAGUCUUUAGUAUGGAAAUUGUUAUUGGGAACAAUAAAACACUGUAUAAUUGCUUUUCCAUUUUUACAAAAGUAAGAUGUGAAGCGUAUGUGCUUCAAGGACAUCUCUUGUGGUAACAGGUAGAGGAAUAAUUCCCUAUUAUACUUUUUUAUAAUCUGACUGUAUGAUACACUUGCUCUCUUUUUGAAUACUUAUUCAUUUGGUCCUGCGGAUGCAAAGUUAACUACAAAAUCCCAUUCCUCAAUGCCAUUUAAAGCAAAUGUUAAAAAAACAGGAUUAGAUACUAUAAUUACUUUAAAAGAGCUGUGUCCUAAUUAAACAUGUUAGUGAUACAAUGCUGCUAUUAUUCAGUCACUGGUUGAGAUCACAUGGGAGCUAUGAAAAAAAACAAAGAUAAAAGAGCUGAAUUUUGGGAAGAAUAAAUGAAUUAUAAAGUGGAAUAAAAGAAAGUAAUAAAAAACAGAUGUGUCAUACUCGUCCUGUGUAGUAAACAAUGCUAAAAUGAUUUGGAAUCAGUAGGUCACAUGACAUUGGAGCUUUUGAA